CUGCUUGUGCACAAACCACAACAAGACAAGCAAGCAAGCAAGAAGCGAGCAGCACAGCACGGCAGACGAGAUGCUCAGCGACAUGAGACGCACACCAACCACAAGCGCAACAACAACAACCACAACUACACCAACAACAACCACAGCAGCCUUUCCCUCCCUCCCCCGCUUCCUGCCCACUCUGCCCACCAUCCUCUUCCUCCUCCUUCUCGUCCUGCUCGCAGAACCAAUGAGCUGGGGAGAAGUGGUGUUUGUGGAGGAUGAUGAGGGCGCAUUGCACAUCAACACGAGCGAUCCAGCGAGCCAGCCCGUUUUGGUCAACGGGAUGAACGUGGAUGCGCUCUUCGAGACAGUGGCUGCACAGCAGAGCAUGCUGCAGGUGUACCAGCAAAACGUACAGGCGCAGCAGAGCACGAUUGCCAUGCAGCAGGACACGAUCAGCUUGAACCAAGCAAGGAUCGACGCGCUGAGAGCUGAGGUGUGUCACGCAAGUGCCAGCACGUUUGGAGACCUUGGCGCGUCAUCAGACAAGUGGCGUGGCGGUGUGCUUGCCAGCAACGGCUUGAUCUAUGCGACGCCGUACAACGCCCCGUCGGUGCUCAUCAUCGACCCAGUUACCAACACGGUCGACACAACGUCCAUCUCCGGGCUCGGCUCUGACAUGUACAAGUGGGCCGGCGCCGUGUUGGCACACACCGGCCUCAUCUACAUGUUUCCCGCUGCACGGCCGUCAGUGCUGAUUGUUGACCCCAGCAGCAACACAACCGAUGUUACGAGCAUCGAUUUCCUGGGCAUGCGCGACUUUAAGUGGCUCACUGGCGUGGCUGCUCAUAACGGUUUCAUAGUCGGCAUCCCGUCAUCAGCCACAGCCGUGCUGAUCAUCGAUCCAACCACAAACGCAGCCGACAACACCACUUUGUCUGGGCUUGCCUCUGACAGCAACAAGUGGUACGGCGGUGUUCAGGCACCCAACGGCCUCAUCUACGGCAUUCCAGACACCUCAAGCUCUGUUCUCAUCAUCGACCCUGUCUCCCUCACGGCGGACACCACGACACUCGCGGGCUUGGGAUCUGCUCCCUUCAAGUGGUUUGGCGGUGUGCUCGCCGGCAACGGCCUCUUGUACGCCAUUCCAAGCCGCGCGACAAGCGUCCUUGUCGUCGACCCAGCGUCCAACGUGACGACCCUGCUUGCUGUUGCGGAUCAUGCCGGCGUAGACGACUGGGUUGGCGGCGUGCUCGCACCCAACGGCAACAUCAUCGGCAUCCCGCACAACUCCGCCUCCAUUCUCGUCAUCGACCCUGUGGCAAACACCACCAGCACGAAGCCCAUCGAAGUUAGCGGCGCAGCAGAACCGCGCAAGUGGCGCGACGGAGUGGUGAUUGGCAACGGCCUAAUAUACGGUAUUCCACGCGACGCUGAAACCGUGCUGGUCAUCGACCCUGGGUGUUAAUCAACGAUUCGCGUUGUCUUGCUUUGGCUGCUCCGGCGUUGCCUGUGUGUUCUGCGUUGCUUGGACUCUUACGAGCUCCUGAGUACAUCUUCACUGUCUCGAUGCCCUCGCGCGUUGUCUGUGCUCUACCCUGGUGUACUGGUACACAAUAACACACCCGUCA